AUGCUUGCCGCCUCGCUGCUGUGCCUUCUAGCCGCGGCCACGCUGGGCGCGGCCUCCCCCACACGCCGCUACAUCGACCACGUCGUCCACGAGAGCCUCGAGCACACGCCAGUGCAGUGGACGAAGCGGGAGGACUUCGCUCUGAAUCCUGGUGCGCGGCUGCCCCUACGGUUUGGCCUGCGGCAGCAGAAUCUCCAUCGCAUGUACAAGUUCAUCGACGGCGUGUCCAACCCGCAGAGCAAGAGCUACGGGCAGCACUGGACGCACGAGCAGGUGACUAGCACGUUCGCGCCUAGCGACGAGAGCAUUGCAGCCGUGACGGAGUGGCUGCUGGAGAACGGCAUCGCGGACCACCGAAUUGAGGUGGGGUCGUCACGGCUCUGGAUCUCAGUCAACUCGACCGUGGAGGAGGCCGAAAUGCUGCUGCACACCAAGUACCACGCGUACGACCAUGACACCACGGGCCAAGGGUACGUGGCUUGCGAGGGAUUGUACAGCAUUCCACAGGUGCUGAGCGAGCACCACGUCGACCUGAUCGUGCCAACGCUGCACUUUGACGUGCCUCUGCGUGCGCCGACAGACGGCGAGCGACGCCGCCGGGGCGAACGUGAUGACAAGAGGAGCCUCGACCUCAGCCUCGCCCACCCUCUUGCUAUCUACAGCCCGCAGCCACCGGCUGGUGGCGAAGACCUGGACAGUUGCAACAUCACCAUGACCCCGACCUGCCUGCGCACGCUGUACUCGUUCCCGCCGGCCAAGCGGGCCGCUAAAAGCAACUCGUACGGCAUCGCUGAGUUCUCACCCGCGUCGUACUUGGGCUCUGACCUGGAUUUGUAUUUUAGCGAGUACUCGCCCAAGCUGGUUGGCCAGCGGCCCAUCCAGGUCGGCAUCGACGGCGGCGCUGAGCAGAAUGCUACGUACGGCUUCAACUUCCAGGGCAGGAUCAACCUCAACCUCCAGAUAGCCAUGACGCUCGUCGCGCCGCAGAAGGUGACCCUUCUGCAGGCUGGUGACGACAUCGUAGGCGCCUCCUUCAACACCGUGCUCGAUGCCUUGGAUGCUUCCUAUUGCACCUACGAGGGCGGCGAAGACCCGACCCUGGACCCCACCUACCCGGACCAGCAGCCCAGCGGCUACGAUGGGCCCAAGUCUUGCGGUAUCCCGAAGCCCCCGGGCGUGCUGACGACACCGGUUAGCUUGAGCGAGGCCCAGCUAACCCCGUUCUACGAGGACCGACAGUGCCACGACUACGCCAAGCUUGGAUUGAUGGGCACAACCGUGCUGUACUCGGCGAGCGACUACGGUGUCGCUGGCGUUGGAAACCGCUGCCUAUCUGAUGACGGCAGCGAAGUCGUCGGCAGCGGCCGCUACAAUCCGACUUUCCCAGGCGGGUGCCCAUACGUAACCAGCGUGGGCGUGACGCAGGUGAUACUGGGCAUCAACAUCACGGCCGCCCUGGCCAAGGGCGAGCAGGUCGAGAAGGCCAUGUCGCUGGGCCACAUCUUCCCCGGCUUUGGCUACAGCGGCGGUGGCUUCAGCAACGUGUUUGCGAUGCCGGCGUAUCAAGAGCACGCCGUGCACCGCUACUUGGCCUCGCCAAACCUCUCCUCAAUCAGCCAGUACUUCAACAGCACGGGCCGGGCGCGCGCGUUCCCGGACGUCUCCGCCAACGGCGUCGACGGCCAGGUCCUCCGCAGCUCCAGCGCCAGCUGCUCGGCGACAACAUUCGGCAGUUUGAUCACGCAGAUCAACGGCGAGCGUUUGGCUCCUGGCAAGAGCACCGUCGGCUUCAUCAACCCAGCCCUGUACGCGUUCCACGAGGUGCUUAAGGACGUGGCUAUAGGCAGCAGUCCUGGUUGCGGCACGGACGGUUUCCCCGCCGUCGAGGGCUGGGACCUCGUCACAGGCCUUGGCACGCCCAUCUACCCCAGGAUGCUGGAGCUGUUCAUGUCGCUGCCGUGAGCCGAGUGCAAAUGCCCGCAUGACACGACGUACAAGUGAAUCUCUGCGGGUAUAUGGUACAAUCUCACCCCCGGAAAUGGGUCCCGUUUAUCCCGCAGAUAUGUACGCUAAGCUAGAACUCUAGACAAAAAAAUCAAUCACACAGGCACUUUCUCUGAGCCUGUUUUGGAUUAGCUGACUUCACGAACUCUCAUGUUGUUACUGUGACUCGCGC